CAGCCUUCUCUACCCCUUCCAUAUCGCAGAUUGUUUCGCCCACAAGAUGAAGGGGGGAGAGGGAGCGGAAAAGGAAGCGAAGGCGAUUGAGUUGGAGGCCGAGAUAGAGCGGCUGCCGGUGGACCUCCUCGCUUUCAUCUUCUCUCUUAUCUCCUCCUUCAAGGAUCUGGCACAGGCGAGUGGGGUGUGCCGGAAGUGGCGGCGAGGGGUGGAGGAGUCCCUCGCGAGGAAGGAGAGGCUGAGCUUCGCCGGGUGGAAGGUGGACGACGAAUCAACUGCCCGGGUCGUCCGUGCGGCCUACAAUCUCAAGGAGCUCGAUAUUUCUAGGAGUUGCUGGGGCUGUCAAAUAACUGAUGGAGGACUGUACAAAAUUUCACUAACAAAAUGUGUUGGCAAUCUAUUGUCUAUAUCAUUAUGGGGCAUGGCCGGAAUCACUGAUAAAGGAGUAAUUCAGCUGGUGACCAGAGCUAAUUCCUUGCAACACCUGAAUGUUGGUGGCACAUUCAUUACGGAUGACUCUUUAUAUGCAAUUGCAAGUAGUUGUCCACAAAUCAAGAGGCAGAGAAGUGAGCAGGGCAACCCAGCGGCCAAAGAAUGUCUUCCUAAACAUAGAGAUGGUAUAUUGGCAGCUAACCUUCUCCCUUGGCCAAGAUACUAAAGUGGGGCAAGAAACAUACUGAAGAGGACUUUGGAACAAUCAAGAGGUGCCUCAAGCCAACUUCUCGGAAAAGAAUACCUGCUUUCGCCAAUGACAUCGUCUCAACAACCGUGUAAGGUGAGGUGUUGGUAAAUGGAUGCAAAUCGAUAUACAUAUCCAUCUCUUCAGCAGUCAGCUCAAUUCCUUCGACGUUUUCAUGCUUGCCGGAGCCACACUUAGCGAAAUCAUCAGCUGAGAAAUGCCUUGAAGCAUCAAGGCUUGUAAGCGUGCAGGUACGAAGAAACUCUUUCUUCUUCAACAAAACAAGCAGGUUUGCACGAAGAAUCAGACCAAAAAGCACUGGUGAAUUGGAAAACGGAGGCUCAUCCACCACAGGGAAACCAUGGUGGCCGGUCGUCUUCAGCACAUGGACUAUGUUGCUAACUUUCUCCACACCAUUGAAUAUCUGCAAAGGACCUCUAACCACAUCGGCAACUGUGAGCUGUCUCAUGUAAGGCUCAGCGUGGGCUUUAAGAUAAGGCAGCCCCUUCAAUUGCACAAGCAGGUCAUACACGUUGGCGUUGAAAGCAUCAGCCACAGACUUCGAUAUGAGCAACACCAGCAUAACCAGAGGGAGCAGUAGCAGAUUGUUGGUCAAUUCAAGCAUAACUACACAGACAGAAACAGUCAUUCUCAUUGAUCCACCUAAAAGGGAAGCAGAACCAAGGACUGCAAAAAGACCAUGGUUGAGAGUUGAAUGUGAACCCAUCAGCAUUCCAACAAGGCGGCCAUAAGUUGCACCGGUCAAAAUAACCGGCACAAAAAGGCCUGAAGGAACUGCUAGACCGUAGCUGAUGAUACCAAGAAAGUAAGAGGUGAUAAGGAAUAAAAUGAUCGAAGUUUUCUGGAACA